UGUGUGUCUCUGCAUGUCUCUGUGUGUCUCUGCGUGUCUCUGCGUGUCUCUGCAGUCGACCACGUGGCGCUCAGCUGCGACGUCUCCAAGGAGCACGAGGUGCAGAGGAGCUUCGAGACCAUCCAGAAGACAUGCGGAGACGUCUCUUACCUGGUGAACGCCGCUGGCGUCAACAGGGACGCUCUGCUGCUGAGGACCAAACCGGAGGACAUGGUGUCCGUGCUGCACACCAACCUGCUGGGCAGCAUGCUGACCUGCAGGGCGGCGCUGCGUAGCCUGCUGCGCACCUCGGGGGCCGCCAUCGUUAACAUAGGCUCCGUCGUGGGCCUCCGGAACGCCGGCCAGUGCGUCUACGGCGCCAGCAAAGCCGGCCUGCAGGGCUUCACGCUCUCUUUGGCGAAGGAAGUUGCGUCGCGUGGCGUCCGAGUCAACCUGCUGGCUCCGGGUUUCAUCCGCACCGACAUGACCUCCGGGCUGCCGGAGGCGGCGGCCCGCUCCGUCCCGCUGGGACGGUUCGGCGAGCCGGAGGAGGCGGCCCGGGCCGCCCUCUUCCUGCUGGAGUCUCCCUACGUCACGGGACAGGUGCUGGUGGUGGACGGAGGCCUUCAGCUCGCCAUGUAGAGAAGGCCCCGCCCCCUUCGAGGCCGUGGAGGAAGCCGCCUCAAGAAGAAGAGCUCCGCCCCCCCGAUGAGCGCCCUGAGAACCUCGCGUGCAUCCGUCCGACCUUUGAACCUCUUGCUGACGCAUCUGUUGCAGCAGAGGAUUGUGGGUCAGAAAGCGUUCUUUCAUUCUUUAAAAAAAACAAAACAAAAAACGGGAGGAAGUCCUGGAAUUAUUGAAUAAAAAAUAAAUGUAUCUCCUCUGG